AUGGGAGACUCCAAGCUUUUCAGUCCCCUUACGCUGGGACCUUGCCACCUUCAGCACCGACUGGUCAUGGCUCCUCUGACCCGGUUACGGGCAAAUGACUUCUUCGUCCAGCUCCCUUUCGUGAAGCAAUACUAUGGCCAGCGGGCCUCCACUCCCGGCACUCUCAUCGUUGCCGAGGCCACAUCGAUUAGUGCUCGGGCCGUUGGAUUCGCAAAUACGCCGGGUAUCUGGAGCGCAGACCAGAUCGCGGCUUGGAAAGAAAUCACGGACUGCGUGCACCAAAAGCGCUCCUUUAUCUUCUUACAGCUGUGGUCGUGUGGACGGGCCGCCGAACAGGAGGUUAUUGACAAGGAGGGCAUCGAUUAUGUGUCCAGCAGCGCCACGCCCGUAGAGCCCAAUGGCCCAUGCCCUCGUCCCCUCACAGAGGAGGAAAUUCGCGGCUAUAUUGAGGACUAUGCGCAGGCUGCCCGGAAUGCCAUGGCAGCUGGGUUCGAUGGGGUGGAACUACACGGAGCGCACGGGUUCUUGAUAGACCAAUUCAUCCAGGAGACCUGCAAUAAGCGAACGGAUAAAUGGGGUGGCAGCAUCGAGAACAGAUCUCGUUUCGCGCUUGAAGUAGCCAAGGCCGUCGUGGAUGUGGUGGGUGCGGAUCGGGUUGGCAUCAAACUCAGCCCGUGGGCCGAGGAAUUCGGCAUGAAGCUGAGCCGGGAUGUCAUUCCACAGUUCGAGUAUCUCAUCAGCCGCCUGUCUGAGAUGGGUCUCGCCUAUCUGGCCUUGUCGAACCCCAGGUGGGAAGAGGGCAACCUCCUGGACGGUGAAGAAUACAACAACGGUAUCUUCGUUCGUGCCUGGGGACCAUCGAGACCUGUCAUCCUGUGCGGAGGGUAUUCCCAGGCUUCUGCUCAACAGGCUGUCGACGAGGAAUAUGCUGCAUACGACGUUUUGAUUGCAUUUGGUCGCUACUUCAUCUCGACUCCCGAUCUACCAUACCGAUUGAAGAGAGGGUUGGAGUUCAGCAAGUAUCACCGGGAGUCGUUCUAUACCCCCUGCGCCGAGAAAGGGUAUAUUGACUAUCCUUUCAGCGAGGAGUUCCUGGCUGAAUGUAUUAUUUGA